ACAAUUUAAGUGCAGUGUGGUCAAUAAAUUAAUGAAAAAAUAUGAGACUAUUAAUGGUGAAAAUCGAUGGCUUACGUUUUUGUGUUUAAUUGAAUAAACACAAUCAUCGUAUCGCAGAAAAAAAAAAAAACGAAUCGCUGAGAUAAAUAAUGUUGCUGCGGCAGAGUAAAGAAUGAAACAUUUCAAAGAAGCAAUUAAAAUGUGCUUUUGUUGCUGUGACAUUGAUUCAUUUCAAGAGUAGCGGCUUUUGGGCAAUGAAAAAAAAAAUAAAUUCUGCAAUGACUUCAUCCCACGUUGCGACAUGGCUGCUGGUGUUGUUGUUGCUUUUAAUGUUGUUGUUUAUUCGCAAUAAAAAUUCUUGCCUAAUAAAUGCACGAUCUACAUUUGGAUAUUUUGCCAUCGAAUUACAAAUCAUUUCAUUUGCAAUUCUAAUCAUUUUUUAAUCGAGCACUUUCCAAUGGUAAAUCACUAAUUUCAAUGUCCGAUCACGAGCAAUUGGCUCGCGGCAAGGCGAAAUGUAUAAAAUUCAGUCGAGAAAACAGAUUUCCUUCAGCCAACUAGACAAUAUGCAUUUGCAAAUAAUUCUUAAAACGAAAUUUUGCCAAGAUUGUGCGCCAGUGGCACAGAAAGACUAAAAAAUUACAAUUUGUAAUGAUAACAUGCAAUUAAACUGAUUGCGAUGCGUUUUUUUUCACGAUUGAUUCGAUUUGAAUAACAAAACAAGCCUAUUGAAAGUAUUGUGUUUGUAAAGAAUCAAGAAUGUUCGACUCAAAUCAAGAGAUUCUCGAAUCAUUGAAUUAGAAUAAUUGCUGAAUAAUCUCAAUUGGUGUGCUUAUGUAUCGGGAAGCGCCCACACAAAAAUUGAUACUGUUUCGCAUUUGAAUAGCUGAACGGAUUUUAUGAAUGAAUUUCGUGAGCUCGCGCGAGCAAGCGCAAGCGCACAAUGAAUGAAACGGCAACCCAACAGACAGCUGGUGCUGAUUUUUCUGACUUGACUUGCUGUUGUUUUUUUUUCAUCUAUCACAUCAUAAAACAUAGCACGAAAAACAAAACCAAAAACUGGUUAAUCGAAGGUUAACACAAUAAUAACAAUAAAAAUCGUCAAGUCAAAGCACAAGUCUCCUGUUGCUGCAAAAAAAAAAAAACUAAUGCUUUUUACGAUAUUUGCGGCCAAUAGAAUAGCAAUCAAAAUGCUGCGCGAUGAUGCAAAUUUUGAAUUACGACCCGUCAAAUGUGUCUUUGAAUCGAUUUGCAUGCAAUUUUCAACAAUGUAGUCCCUUUAGAGGGAUUUGAGCGUAUGGAUCAUCCGUUUUGUGGGCUGCGGUGCUUUUGUUCCGUCGUUUUCCGUCAUUUCAGAAAAGAAGAAACAUUUCAAUAGACUUUUGACGAUGUGUGGUAAAGCAAAAUAUGAAUCGAUGUGGUAAUCGACUGACACACGCACACGUCAUCGAUUGGAAUGCGAUGUGCACCCACUUGAAAUUGACCAAUGAAUGGAAUAAUAAACAUUAUUCACACAUCUACUGAAACCAAUUACAACUACGAAAACGGUAAUGGAUUUGCCGAAGAGGUGUCUAGACGACAACAAGAUGACAUUAACGCCGAUACUCCACAGCCCGUUUCGAUACGUGUUUACUGGCACUCUCUCAGUGAUUGACAUUACCGCAAAUCUUGGCCACCAAAAAUAGACACGCUGUUUUUUAAAAUCAGCAACACGGUCCCACGCAACUCUAUGAAAUAAUGACCAGCUGCAAAUGAUGGUUAACGUUAUCACUCUGGAAAAAUCUUCUUGUUUUUUUUUUUGCGAAACUAAAGCUGUUUUUCAGUUGAUCGUCUGCGGUACAAAAGGAAGCCACCUAAAAAAUAUAUCAUUUUUACAAUGAAAGUAAAGACGAUUUAGAAUGAAAUUGAAAACUUUGUGAAUUUUACGUUCAUUUCUCGUUGAAUUUCCAUCAAAAAUAUCAAAUGUUUCCGUUCUUGUUGUUACACGAUAUUUUUUUGUGUUCUUGAUAUUUCCCAUUUUGAAAUGGGAUCAGUAUGGAAUCGAUGCGCCUUUUCAAGACACACAGGCCGAGUAUCGAUUGCAGCCCAUUUUCGGUGUUCAGUAAAUAUCGCACGUCGCUAAAAUUAGAAACAACGAAGUAAUCGAGAAAUCAUCAAUUUCAAGAGAGCCUCUCAAAUUCUCAAUCUCUCUUUGAAUAACCUACCAAAUGUGGACAGUUGUGUCUUCUUCUUCUUCACCAUCUCGGUCCAUUUCGAAUUUUAGCAUAUAUUUGAUUGAGUGAACAUAUCGUGUGCGGUCUCUGUCUCUCAAUAAAAGUCUUGUUUUCAUCUUGAAGCCUCUCGAUGAGUGUCCAAUGUUCGAAAUGAAGAUUUCUUUUGUUUUCUCUUUCAUUCAGUUAUCGAUUGCCUACGCAAUUUCAAAUUAUUCAAAAGAUAAUCGUUGCGAAUGCAUACCAAACCAUAAAGUUUCCAUACGAAACCGUUGUAAUACCGGAUUGAAUGUUUCAACAGUUGAAAGUGCUUUUUGGUGAGUUUCGAGUUUCGCCGCACCGUCAACAGAUGUAGCAACGAUACACUCGUAACGGUUCGGCAAAUGAAUGUUGUGCACACAGUUCCAUCAGGUCGUUGCGAACAAGAGAGAAAAGUUUAAGAACAACUAAUCAUAUUAGGCGAUUAUGUGCGACUAAAUACAUGGUACAUUAUCAAUCAUUGCGAUCUGUCCUCGCUGAAUUAAGGCACACAGUUAAGCCAAUAAAAAUGUAUCAAAAUCGGGUGUAUUUGAACGGUGGGUAAUUUAGAACCGUCGUAGAAUUUCCGACACAUCGAUUAAUUACAGGUAGAACAUACACAAUUUAUGUUAUUCGGGCGCGCACUUUACCAUUUAAGAAAUUAAUGACGUUUGACGACCCAUUUGAGGCAAACAUUAUGCUAUACAGAAAUUGUGUUUUUCACAAACAAUGUUCUUUGUUCGCACGGUGCCAGAGUUAGCAUUUUCAUCCGUAGUACUAUGAAAUAAUUUAGAUCUUCUUAUACGAACGGCACUUUUUCAAGGUCACAACAAUUGUGUUGUGUAUUUGUUGCCCAUGGAGUCGGUGCCAUCAAACGACGGUGUUGUUGUCAUUUGUCGUCAUUGCUGUUGACCCACGCAAUUCAAUUGACAUUAUGCAAAAUUCGCUCAAUGUAUGCGCAUCUAAUUGUUUAUCGCAACGAAAUAUUUCUGCCAUCAUUUUGACGGAAAAUAAAUAUUUUUCACUCGUUAUUUAUAUAAUCGACAGUCAAUAUUGGAUCACCGACGAUGUGCCAAUUAAUUACGAUAGGCUGACAGAAGUCGAAUAAUCACCAUUGCCAAAAAAUAAAUAAAUCGAUACCAUAACCAAAACGAUCACAUUUCAAGUGCAAUUGUUGAUGCUGAUAUCGUUCCAUAUUCGGCUAAAUCGUCACGGCAAUAAUUCAACGCAGAUUUUCAAAUGCAUGCUGCGUGACACAUAAAUGCCAUAUAUUUCAUUGCCACCGUUGUUGGAUCGUUCGUUACAUUUCGCUUGACACAGUACCCAAAAAAAAAAAAAAUAAAACGAACAACCAAAUAAUGGCAAAAGCAACAGAAAUGUCGAGCCUCGCAAAAUAUUCAACCCACCAACAUACCCAGUAGUCUUCUCACCUUAAGAUCGAAACACAUUAAACAAGUGUUGAGACGUCGUUGGAUCAACCGCCCCCCCCCCCCUCUCUCUCUCUCUCUCUCCACUACGUCGUUCACACUCACGCUCACUCUAGCGCGAGCUUCGAAUAAUUCGAGGUUCCGAAUAAUAACGUGAUCCUAAACUCGACUUGAUGACGUUAUUGCUUCGGUUCACCUACGCGCAUACACCUUGCGAUAAUCUCGCAACAAUAACAACAGCAGUGGCAGCAACAGCACAUCAUGCAAUUAAACAUAAGGCUAUCCCUUUAUAGCCAUAAAACGCCAACUAAAUGAAGAAUGUGCUUGUAUCAGGAACGUAUUGAAUCAGAAUUGAAAUCGGACGGAAACACAGGUUUACCGAAUUAAUUCCGAGUCAAAUGAAAACAAUAAUUCCGAGCAAUUUAUGGAAAAAAUGGAAUAUUUUAAUUAAACAUAACGAUGGAGGGAAUCGGUUAGUUUUUUUUUUUGGUUAAUAUUCCUUGUUUAUUCUAUGGCUAUAACUUUCGUUUUCUGCGAUAUUCUCUUCCACCCAAUGCCACACAAAAUUCGCUGGAGUGGCCACACAAACAUUUGUUUUACCAGAAUAUUGCAAACAAAGCUGUACAUUUUAUUAACUAUAUAGAUUAAAACGCAACACGCCAAUAUUUCUUCUCUACUUUUCUACUUCUCCAUCCGCGCAUUUGUGGUUUCAUUUCUUUAGAACAAGAAAAUAAUAAUUUAUAAUAACUUCAAAGGGAAUUUGCUCAUAAUGACUGAAUUUACAAGUUGAUUGAAUUGAAAUGAAGUUGUAACGAGAAAGUGAGAGAGAGAGAGAGAGAGAGAGAGAGAGAGAAAAAACACAAAGUAAAACGACAACAAAAAAGUAUUUGUGUAGGUUCGCAUCUAUUUGCCUCGUUUUAUUAUCGUUUUCAUUAAAAUAUAUAUAUAUUUCUUAAUGUGUUGUUGUCUUACUAUUAUAUUGAGAACGUGUUUUGUUGACUUGAAAUGGCAACAGGCAAAACGAUUGGCAGUGCCAAAAUGAAGAGACAAAUGCACAACAAGCAAACACAUAUAAAAAAAUUUUUUUCUAAAUGUUUAUCGCUCAAGUUGUUCUUCAACUACAAUGUAUGGCUGUGGAUAAAAGGAAAACGAAGUGGAUCGUUUGUUACAUUCAAAGCAAAUAAUUAUAAUAUUUUUGUAAUAAAUGGCAAGUUGUUUUUGUUUCUUGAAAGAAUCGAACAAAAAUGCCGAUCGAUGAGAGGCACUCGCACUAAAUUACCAAAUUGAAAUGGGUAAAAAAAGCAUUUUCAGCCAUCGCACACGGACCAUGUUUAAACGUGUGCCAUAAAGCGGAAAAAUAUCUCGCCAAAGUUACACACAACUAUGAAAAUAAAGGAUGAUGUAAACUGAACUGGUUGCCGCAAAAGCAUAUUACACGUACCGAAUUGCCGAUUUAUGCGAACCAUUGCGAAGGUUGUGUGUAUCAACGAACAGUUCAGUAUGUCACCCACUCGCGCCCAUUUCUGCUUCUACAUAUGUCUCGGUAUCACCUUAAACGAUCGAUCAAAAAUUCAAAAUGAAGAAAAAAAAAAUCAUAGCAUUGGAAAUGCCUCGGGCUCAUCGGAAUUCGAGAAAACGUUUCACCAUUUGCCACAUAUGGUCGCAUUGUGUGUGCGCCUGAUCCAGCUGCUUCGGUCCCCGAUCUGCGAUGAUGUAACUUAUACCACUUUCGAUCGAUGGUUUUUUUUUUUUUGCUUUUGCUUUGCGGUGCCAAUUUUUCGUCAUUUUUUUUUCUUCUUUCGUUUACAAAGACACUGAUCUAAUUCUGUGAAACGAUAUCAUACAUACACAAUCACCAAAAAAAAAAAAAAAUGAAGUGAAGAAGGUCGAACACGAACUUCCACCUUAUUUACGUUAAAACCACACAAAAUUGAACGAAUUUGGCCAUUCGGUAGAAAAUUUCAAGCGAAAACAUAUGUUCGUCUUCUCCCAAAACUGAAUAUCCGUUACUUUCAUUCGUGCAUUUGAAUUCACGCUAAACGCUGAAUUUUGACGUGUGCACUGGGCCACUUUCAAAUGGAAACAUCCGACGUGAAAAAAAAGGGAAAACAUCGGCAAACGUUAUUGCGUCACAGGUGCAUAACGCACACCACACCGAAAAAUGCAUUCAAGCACAACACAAUGUUAAAUCUCUGACGCAUCUUACGCAUAAAUAAAUGUUUACAUCCACGAAUACAUUUGGUCGCUCACAUAUUUGCCCAUUUCAUUGAAUCGACGCACUCACACAAAAUCAACAACGAAGGGCGCCGAAAAAAAUGCAUUCUUCUGUCUCUUUUGUAAUUUUUCUACUGACUAAAAAGCAUAAAUAAAAAAAUAAAAUAAAUAUUAAGAAUCAUAAAAAUGCAUGGAUCACUUGUCGGAAGGUUGGAAAUGACAGCAUGAUAUGGUCAUGUGUGUAUGUGUGCGCGCCGAGUGGAAAUGUGCGUGCUUGUAUUUAGUGGCAGUGUAAGCGCAUACGGAUAUUUGUAAUGCACAUUGUUUAUUCCGAAAAGCAACAGAGAACAAUACACACGUUUACCAUUCAUAGAUAUAUCAUCCGUCGCGGUUGUUUGAAUACAAAGCGAAAUAGUCGGGGAAAAAAGUUACAACGGGUAAAACCGAAAAAAAAACCAACUGCCUUCAAUGUGUGUUUACCUUUUUUUCUCUUCUCUUUUCUCUCGCUUUUCUCUGUCGCGCGCGACGGAAGACGUUGACGGAACACAGCAAAUUAUAAUUCCAAAUGCAUAAUCUGUUUGCCGGCCGAUUUUCAUUCAUCGUCCACACAUUACAAUGUGUACAUAUUGUGUCAGUCAUUGGUGUAUGCACCUUGGCCUGCGCGAUGCUCCGGCUACGUUAUGCAUUCAUGAUUAUUCGAUGGUUGGUUAGCCAACGAUCGCUGCGACUGGUUGUCUAUUGUUAUUUUCCGUCGAAUAACGAUCGCACGCGCAGCCCUCCGCUUCACCAAGACACUGUCUCCGGUGCCAUGCUGAAAUAUUCUUCUACCUCUACUACCGAGCAGUUCGAAUAUCCAUGCAUGGGGUUAAUUGACAGUUUAAUUGAAAUUGAGUGUAACCGUUCGUUGGCAUCUCCGUUUCUCCAUUCUUUUUCCAUUCGACGAAUUUGUGCAAAUUGCAAUUGCAAUUCACCUUUUAUCGAUAGAUUCAUUAUCGUUGAACACCCACCGCCGCCACACUCAAAUCGCCUUAAAAUCAAUUCUGAAGCAACAACCGAUCGAUGCAUAUGGCGAACACAAAUCGUAAAUAUUCUAGGCAUUUCAAGCGAUAAUUCAUUAGAUAAUGAGCCGCACAACACAGAGCAGAGAUAAUACGACGAUUUUUUUUCCCUCAGUUUUCAAAUUCAUCGUGCUCGGCUUAGGGAGUACUUGAGUGUCGUUUCCAAAGUGCGCGUGGUUCAAACUCGCUACGGCAAAUCGUAUUAUAUUACGAAUCGAGCAAAAAAACAUUUUUUUGUUGCUAUUUUUGUAAAUUGUUGAAAAUUCAAUGACAUGAUAUUAUCUGAAAACCGCAAAUGAAACGCGUUGUGUGUGUGUGUGUGUGUGUGUGCUUUAUUUCUUUAUUAUUCAUACUCACUUUUUUUUGCUCUGCUUUGGCUGUUACCGAGAGACGACCUGGAAUUAUUAGUCAUCGAUAUUCAAACAGAAAAAUGUGUAUCGCUUUUAAGCCCGAGAGAGCAAAAAUAGAAAUGAACAUGGAACAUUGAACACAAAAUGAUAUAUGCACGCAGUGAUGAACUACAAAGCCAUUUUUGCAAUUUGAAGAUUUUCGCUACUGAAAGCUUUUUUUUUCUUCUCUCUCUCUCUCAAAAUGUGAGUGUAUUUGGCGUAACAAUUGAAGUGAAGCACAUAUAUACGAGUAGCUAAAAAGAAGAAAAAAAAAACAGUGGGCAUUGAGAGAUAAAAAGCGAAAAAAAUAGAAAAAAACGCGAGCAAAUAGGGAAAAAGGUAGCAAAGUACACCAUGGUGGUAGAGAAUAGCACAAUACAUCGACAGAAACAUCGGCUUAUAAACAAAUUCGAGCCAAGCGAAAUGAAUACACAUGCACACGCAACCGUAUACCGUUUAUAUUUUGAUCCGUUGACACGCAUACAUACACAGGAACGAUAAAACCGCCAACACCAAGAACCACCAUAAAAACACCUUUAGUCCAAAACAUCAAAAUGAAAAUGACGUGAAAAAUAAUAGCAAAACGAAUGAAAAAUAAAACGACUCUACACAUAUACGUAAAUAUGAGUUGUGUGUGGCAGCCGUAAUACACUAGAACAGUGGCGACACACUGAACAACAAAAGCGACACAAACACAGAUCUCAAGCGAGUGCGCGCGCGCGCGUUCCAUCCACGGCGUACCAAAAAGAGAGACAAAAUGAACUAGCCGCAAAGAGCGGCGAACAAAUACCAACAACAAUGUAGAAACACACCAGCGCGCACCACAACACAAAACCAACAACAACAACAACAACAACAGCAGCAGCAACGUUGCCGUAAAAUAAAAUACAAAACUCACCGUAUACCAAAUUAAAUAAUCUUGGCAUGUUCAUUUUCAAUAGCCCCGUUCAGUUCGUGUUCAUUUUAUUAUGAUGAUUUUAGUGUAAAAUGUACUGUCAGUUGAGUUAGUUUACACACGACAAGAGAGACGUGUACACACGAACAGAGAGACGACGACGAAUGAAGAAUAAAAAAAAAAAAAAACAUUGAAACAAAAACAAAACAAUACGUAAUCGAGUACACACCGUGUCGCUGAGAGACAAACGAAUCUAUACUCAAUUUUUUUACACGGAAAAUUGUGGUUUUUCUCGAAAAUUAGAGAAAAUUUUAAACGACGAUUAUCUUAAAUUUACAAUUUAUUAUUUUUUUUUUUCUACUUCUAAUUUGUUGUUAAAAAGUGCUAAACCAAAAAUAAACAAAAAAAAAAAUCUAUAAUAUAAAAACUAAAACCAGUUUCAAUUAACCUGCCACUCUAAUACCGUAACCUCCGACUUAAACUUGAUUGAAACUAACGAAACAAGAAGAAAAAAUACAACGAAAAAGAAAUUAAAAAAAAAACAGAUUUAAAGUUAAUCGAAAAAUCAAAACGAAGCCUACAGUGACAUCGAUCAAAAUUGAUUCUUGUAAACGAAGGACAAGUACUGUGCGUGCAUGUGCCAAACAGGGAGUUUGCGAUAGAGACUGUGUGAAUCGAAAGUAGUGUAUUCUGGUAAUACGCGAUGUAUAAGAUUGACGACGAGUUUCGCCCCCGUGGCCGCGUUUUUAUGAAAGCGACACGGGAAAGUCAGCAACAAUCAUCGACAAGCAGUGGUGGUGGUGGUGGUGGCGGCGGUGAUCCCCAUUCAAAUGUUGUAUCGGUGCCAAUACGUAAAUCAAGCCUGAAAAAGGGGCCACCGAUUACAACCAGUUUGGACGAUCGUCGCAUUCAAUUCCAACAUGAGGUGAAACAUGAAAAGACAAUCGAAGCGUUGAUAACCGAAUAUCCACCUGGUGACGAUUAUCGACCACCCGGAAGCCGAAGCUAUUCGAGUGAUCGAUCAACGAAACGAUACGAAUCGCAUGCGAGCAGCAGUAGUCCACAACGUAUAACCGCUGUCCCAUCGUCAUCGUUGAACGAUGUGAGCCGCGAAGUCACCCACUAUUCCACAAACAAUGACAACGGUUACGAUGUAACGGACAAUGUACAGGCCAUAACACGGAACAAACGAACGUCGACCGAAGUACUUGGAAGUAGCUUUGAAUCGAAAAAGCUUUCGCAACGUGCAACCGACGGACAUCGACGCAUCACCACACACAUUGUCCGCAAAGUGACAACAAUGAGUCGAGCGGAGGAAAAUGCCCAAGCACAAAAUCUCGUUCACACGGCACAAAAUAAAACCACCGAAAUCGGAUACAUGACAACACAGGCCAUCGAACCGAAAAAGCCAAAGAUAUCGGAUAUAGUUGUCGGACAAGAUGAUAAUGUAACUGCACGAGAAGCAUUGUUACGAUGGGCUAGACGCUCGACAGCCCGUUAUCCAGGCGUACGAGUUAAUGAUUUCACGUCAUCGUGGCGCGAUGGUUUGGCAUUCUCGGCGCUUGUCCAUCGCAAUCGACCUGAUUUGCUUGACUGGCGAAAGGCAAGAUCAGCUCGACCACGCGAACGUUUAGAAACCGCAUUCCAUGUUGUCGAAAAAGAAUACGGAGUCACUCGACUUUUGGAUCCAGAAGAUGUGGAUACCAAUGAGCCGGACGAGAAAUCGAUGAUAACGUACCUCAGUUCAUUGUACGAUGUAUUCCCGGAACCACCGUCGUUGCAUCCAUUGUACGAUAUGGAUUCGCAGACACGUGUGCACGAAUACAAGGAUCUUGCCCAUCAAUUGUUGUACUGGUGCCGCGAAAAGACAUCAUUGCUGCAGGAACGUUCAUUCCCAUCAACAUUGAUCGAAUUGAAGCGAUUGUAUAACGAUUUAAAUCGUUUCCGUAACGAAGAAGUGCCACCACGUCAGCGUGACAAACAAAGUCUAUUCAAGGUGUACAAGGAGUUAGAGAAAUACUUUGAAUCUGUCGGUGAGGUUGAGGUGGAACCGGAUUUGCGACCCGAAUCAUUGGAAAAGGCAUGGCAUCGAUUGCAAUCGGCUAUUGUCGACCGUGACACAAUAUUACAGCAGGAGAUCCAACGCAUGGAACGAUUGCAACGUUUAGCCGAUAAAGUACAACGUGAAAUUAAGCGCACCGAUUCGCGCAUCACCGACCUUGAACAACGAAUCUCCGAAGAGGCGCGACGCAUUGAACGUCUCCAUCCAAUCGAUGCAAAGAACAUUUGCGAAGGCCUCGAAACUGAAAUCCGACAACUCGAAGCGCCCAUCCAAGAGAUGAACGAAGAUUGUCUGGUGCUUAAAGAUGGCCGUUAUCCACAAGCUAGUGAAUUACAGAAGAAAGUAACCAAGUUACAUCAACGUUGGUCACAGCUUCGUGCAUCAUUCCACACGAAUUUGGUGCAAAAACUGUCCGGUUUACGUUAUCCCGUCCAAGAAACUACCGUUACAAAGCAAACUCGCACAGUGAUCGAAGCACGUCAGAUCGAUACCAAUCCAUAUUUCCGUGAUUUACAAGAAUACACUGAAUGGUGCCAAAAUAAAUUGAAGGAGCUACUUGCCGCCGAUUACGGUUCCGAUUUGCCGUCCGUCAAAGCCGAACUGGAUCGUCAUCAACAGGAGCAUCGCACCAUCGAUAAAUUCCAUUCGAAGGUUUUGCAUGCCGAACGGCAACAAGUCAAUUUCUCCGGCGAUGAGCUGAAUCUCUAUCAGCAACGUCUUAGUCAAUUACAAAAAGUGUACGCCGAACUCUUGAGCACGUCCAACAAACGUCUCUCCGACUUGGAUUCGCUGUUGAAUUUCUUGCAAGCAGCCAGCGCUGAAUUGCAAUGGUUGAACGAUCGCGAACAAGUUGAAAUCCAACGCGAUUGGGCCGCCAAGGACCUUGAUUUACCAGGAAUUCACCGAUAUUACGAGCGGAACUUUGGAAGUGGAGAGGAUAACUUGAUGUCGGAGUUGGAGAAGCGUGAAUUACACUUUGCUUCAAUUUUGGAUCGUGGAGAAGCGUUGUUGAUGCAACAACAUCCAGCGGCCAAAUGCAUCGAAGCCCAUUUGCAAGCAUUGCAAUCACAAUGGUCAUGGUUGCUUCAACUCACAUUGUGUUUGGAGGUCCAUUUGAAACACGCUACCGAAUAUCAUAACUUCUUCUCGGAAAUCAAAGAUGCCGAAGCUUGGCUCACAAAACGUGACGAAAUAUUGAACUCGAAAUACUCACAAUCGAACUUUGGAUUGGAUGAAGGUGAGCAGCUAUUGCGCGGAAUGCAAGAUUUACGCGAGGAGUUGAAUGUGUUUGGCGAAACGGUGAAUCAAUUGCAGCAACGUGCUCAAAAUAUUGUGCCAUUAAAACAACGCAAACAGCCAGUGAAUCGUCAGAUACGAGUGCAGGCGAUUUGCGCGUACAAACAAGGCAACAUUUCGCUUGAAAAGGGCGAAAAUUGUACAUUGGUCGAUACAUCGGGCCGUGUUAAAUGGCGUGUCCGUGCCAACGGUCAAGAGGGUCCAGUGCCUGGUGCUUGCCUACUAUUGCCACCACCCGAUCAAGAGGCAAUCGAUGCGGCCGAACGCCUUAAACGCUUAUUCGAUCGUACUGUUGCCCUUUGGCAGAAGAAACAAUUGCGUUUGCGUCAAAAUAUGAUUUUUGCCACAAUCAAAGUAGUCAAAGGCUGGGACUUCGAUCAAUUCUUGGCCAUGGGCGCCGAUCAACGUAAUGCAAUUCGUCGCGCUCUAAACGACGAUGCCGACAAAUUACUGGCAGAAGGUGAUCCAGCCGAUCCACAACUACGACGCUUGCGUCGCGAAAUGGACGAAGUCAACAAAUUAUUCGAUGAUUUCGAGAAACGAGCUCGUGCCGAAGAGGAAAGCAAACAGGCAACGCGCAUCUUUACCGAAGAAUGCAUCGCACUGAAGAACAAACUGGAGGAUAUGGCUCGUGAAUUGGACCACAUAAUCCUAUCACCGUUGCCACGUGAUUUGGAUUCGCAUGAGCAUGCCGUUCAAAUUCACGACGAUUAUCGUCGUCGUUUACAAAAUCUCGAACCAGAUCUGAAACAUUUGCAAGAAACAUUCCGUACGAUUGCAUUGAAGACGCCACAAUUGAAGAAGAGCCUGGACAAUCUAGUCGAAUUGUGGAAGGAAUUGAAUACGCAGAGCAAUUUGCAUGGUGACCGUUUGAAAUUGUUGGGCGAAGCAUUGUAUGGUUUGGAGGAAAAUGAACAAGUCAUUUCGGAUUUGGAGGGUGCAUUGGCACGUCAACAAGAGAUGCCAUCCACAUUGGAAGGAUUGCAAUCGGUGUUGAAGCAUUUGAAUGAAUUGCAAGACAAGGUGACAAAACAACAGCCACAAAUCGAUAAAAUGAAUGACUCGGCCGAUCAAUUGGGUCGCAUGGGUGUACCAACAAAGGUGAUCAACGACUUGAAACGCUUGCACGCAAAUGUUGAACGGCUCAAUGUUCGUUGGAACAAUAUUCGCACUCAAUUGGCUGACAGAUUGGUCGGUUGCGAGAAUGGCAUCGGAAUCUUGACAAAACUACAAACCAGUUUGGCCGCUGAAGAAACGUGGGUCGAUGGAGCCACUGAAAAACUAUCCGCCUUGCCAACAGCCACCUCAGCUCUGGAGCUUGAUGAUUUACUUGGAAAAGCUGUUGAGCGCACACCAAAAAUAGAACAGGUUAAUUUGAAUGGAGGUCGUUUGUUACGCGAAGCUAAGAUCUAUGACACAAAGUGUUUGCAUUACACCGAUUGGCUAGUCGAAACACGUCCCAGUUUCUCACCGCCACGACGAGAUCUUCGACCACCCGGUCAGGAUCCUGGCGCCAAUGAAGUUUUCACCGAACGCCUCGAUACACUCAACACCAAGUUCCAACGAUUACUGGAACAAUUGUCGCAACGUCUGAAGACCGCCAUCGAAGUCAGCGGUGCCGAAGGAUUGCGCUAUGCGGAGAGUUUACGUCAACCACUUCGAACCUAUCGGUCGGAGUUUGUCAUUGGCAAUACACCUCAGAGCGAAGUUAGCGAUGAGGAUUUAUACACCACAUCGUACAGCACAUCACAAUUCAUAACAACGAGAACGUCAACAUUGCAAACGGAUGUUAAGCGAUUGAGUGAUACAACGGAUAAUGGCAAUACGAUUAUUGAGCCGCGUGCCAAUAUCUUGAACAAGCCAGGCGUGAUUGAUCCGAAUUCGGGACGUGUUUUGACCAUUGGCGAGGCCAUACAGUCGCGAAUAUUGGACGUGCGAACGGGUGAAAUUGUGUUGAAUCAAGAUCAACGUAUCUCGCUGGAGGAGGCAGUCGAACGGAAUUUAAUCGAUGCAACACUUGCCAAUAGCCUAUUGCAACCGGGUGCAGCAUUCCAUGCAGGCAAACCGAUCAGUUUGUUGGAGGUGAUCCAGCGUGAAUUAUCCGAAGCGGAAAAUGGUUAUGAUUCAACUGAGAAGCGUAUUAAGGUAAUAACCACCACAACGACCACGUCGUCGUCACGAAAUGCGAAUGAUGAUGAUGAUGAUGUAGGCGCCACGGGCUAUACCGUCGUAACGCACAACGAAAGUGUAAAAAUCAAACCGAACGAAUUGUGCUUAUCGGAUGCAAUUGUGCACGGUCUCGUUGACACAAGUGGUUGGGUCAUGGAUCGCAAUUCUGGCGAUAAAUUCCGUUUGGAUUCGGCCAUUGUAAAUGGUUUGAUAACACCGCACGUACGCGAAAUUGUCGAUGCAAAGAACGAUAUUAAAAUUACGAUACAACAAGCACUGGACGCUGGCAUUUUGAAUGCCAAAACCGGUCGUUACAUGCAAAAUGUGACAAAGGAAAAGCUAACAUUUAUCGAAGCAAAGAAUCGACAGCUCAUCGGUAAACCGAUGACAUUGAAAGAUGUUUGUGAUUUGAAUCUGCUAGAGAAGAACGGUACGAUUAUUUCACCGACGCGUCGCAAUAAAUUGAGCAUUUUGGAUGCAAUUGGCAUCGGUGUGCUCGACAAAGAUUCGAUAAAAUCGGUGACAAAAACAAAAGACGAGAAAAUUACAUUGGGUCAAGCAUUGGCCGAAGGCAUUGUUUUACCCGAUUCCAAAUAUCGUGAUGCAAUUACACAAGAAGAAAUGUCAAUACCGGAAGCCGUUGAACGUGGCCUUAUUUCGUCUGUUUCACAGCGAUCCAUUUUCAAUAUAGACGGCUUCAAAGAUCCCUAUUCCAAUGAUUUUGUCUCAAUCAAUGUGGCACUAAACAAAAAUAUUCUACGCAAAAAAGAUGGCCAGUAUCAAUUGGAUACCGGCAAAGGUAAUUUAAUUCCAUUGUCAGUGGCCAUUGAAAGUGGGCUGAUUCGUCCUGAAUUCUAUGAAAUGAUCAAUCGGCCAAUUGGCGUAUUUGAUGCCACCGGCAAAGAGUUAUCUGUGUUAGAUUUAGUCUAUUACGAUUUAAUCGAUCCGAAAUCCGGUUUUCUUUUACAUCCCAAAACAAAAGCUAUUGUUCCAUUGGAUCAUGCGAUCGAAUCGAAAUUAAUCACAUCCGAAGGUGCUUUAUUGUUAAGCAGUUUAUUAAAUAUUACGCUAACCACGGAAACGGUUACCAAGACAAUACGACGAUAUGUUACAAUCACCGAUGACGAUGAUCAAAUCGAUCCAAAGUCACAGGUUGAAACGGUUUUAACGUUUACCGAAGCCGUGCGUCUUGGUUACAUUGAUGAAAAACGCCAAUUAUUCACCGAUCCAAAUACAGGCAAAAUUUAUUCAAUCCAACAAGCGCUUAACCAUCGAUUCAUUUUACCCGAUUCGAAUAGUGUAAACAUUCCAAUUCCAGCUGCACACUCGACCAUCACACUGAUCCGUAAAUCCAUUGAACCCGAACAGUUGAGUGAAAAGAUUCAACGAACCAAAACCAUUCACCAGGUUCCAAUUCAGCAAAAGUCGAGUGUUGCCGAAGUGAUGUCACCGUCAAAAGAAUACUCAACAUUCCAUACGGAAACAAAAGUCGAAAAGAAACUCGAUACAAAGAAAAUAACAACGGAUUUCUUGACCGUUGAACAAAAAGUGAUUCCAAUGCAAGCGACCGAGCAUUUCCUCGAAGUGCCACCGGAAGGAUGGCUCCUUUCAACUGCCAUCGAAAAUCGUUUGUUCGAUCCAAUGACCGGUCUUUUCCAUAUUACAGCUACCGAUCGAUUGGUUAGCUUCGAAGAAUGUAUUCAGCUAGAGAUUAUCAAUCCAGCCUCAGUGUCUGUGAUUGAUCCAACGAAUGGUCGAAAGAUCAGCGUAAAACGUAGCUUUGAAAAACGUAUUUUAGAUCCAAUUGGCAACUACAAAAAGAACAAUAAAUUAAUUGGCAUGAAACAGGCCAUCGAUUCAGGUUUAAUCAUUCUCGAGGAUGCUGUCACAGUAACGCAACCGAGUGAUAAAACCGCUACCAUUCACUUUGUACAAGAUGCAGACAAAUCGGAAUUACAAACACGUAUUCUGGUUAAGUCACGAACACAAUCACAAGAAAUGCCUAGUCCCGAACCAAUUCAAUUGGUGCCUGGCAUCAUUUAUGAUCCAUCAACAGCUCUGGUCAUUUUCACCGAAACCGGCCAAUCGGAGAAUAUAUUGUCGGCCGUUGAAAAAGGUUUAGUCGAUAGUAAUAUGGUGAAAAUAAUUGAUCCAAAAACCGGGACACCACUCACGGUGAAAGAGGCCAUUGAAAGUAAUGUGGUUGAUAGUAAAACGGGUCAACUGAUUGAUGCUUCAAAUAAUAAAAUCGAUUUGAUAAAUGCAUCGAAGCUCGGUUUGUUGGCAGUCAUUGGUUCGCCAUUGGUUGCCGCAGCCGGUGCCAUCGAAUCGCUGAAAUUCAUUUUUGAUCCGAAAUCUGGGCAACAAAUCCCAUACGAAAUCGCAUACGAACGCGGUUUAAUUUCAAAAGAAGAACUUUUAGCCGUUUCACCUUCGUAUUCACCAAGCCAUACAAAGUAUACCGUUUCAAUUGGACGCACUCCCUCAAGUCCAGAACGCGAAUCUAAGCCGAUUGUUUUGCAAAAAAUGCGCAAAAAGAUUGUUCGGCCAAAGGAUGCCGUUGCAAAGGGUUUGAUCGAUGCUAAAACGGCCGAAGCGCUGGAAACAAGAGAAGUGUUCCUUGAUGAGAAUGGUGAUGUUCAAACGCUUUCGGAUGUUGUUAAAACCGAUAAAAUUGAAGGCGACUCGGGCGCCAUCGUUGAUCCACAACGUGGUGAUGUUUUGACAAUAAACAAGGCGAUUGAACGCGGCAUUCUCGACGCCGAUGGUACAAAUCAAAUUCUAGUACCGCUCAACAAGAGUUUGUCUAUUGCUCAGCUCAAGGACCAAGGUCUAAUCGAUCCGAAUUCAUUGAAAAUUAUUCACCCCGAAACGGGCAACAUUUUGAAUUUACGCGAAGCAAUUAUUUGUGAAAUUGUUGAUCCAUUGUCACAUGUUGUUGAUCCGUAUACAAACGAAACGAUCACCUUGCAAACGGCCAUCGAAAAGGGUGUGAUCGACGAAGAAAACUGUUUGGUGACCGCUAAGAAUUUGGGCAAAGUCGAUUUACUUACAGCCAUUCAGCAGAAAGCUUUCCCUGUCGAUGUGAAAUCCCCACGCAAAGAUUCAAGUGAUAUGCCACCAUUGGGCAUGACAUUGUCUGUUGCCAUUAAACGUGGUGCGGUUGAUCCAAAAACACAAGAAUUCGUACAUCCAAUUACUGGUGAACGCGUGCCUUUACUUCAAGCCAUCGAAAAUAAUACAAUUAUGGCUUUGCCUUAUACACCAAAUGUUGAUAGCAUCAAUAUUUCCGAUGCACUCGAUGCCGGUCUGGUUGAUUUCGCUUCGGGCACUGUUAAAAAUCCAAAUACUUUGGAAAUUGUUCCCAUUGCUGAAGCCAUUGAAAAUGGCCUCUUGGUUGUUAAACCAUUGCCCGAAUUGAUUCAAUUGCAUUCGUCCGGGCCACACACUUCAGUUACCGAAACGGUUACAUCGUAUCACACCAUUACAACGAAAAUGGUUGAAUUGCUCAGUGGCUAUGCGCUGGUGUCACCAAAUGAAGUGAAACACCUUCAAACCGGCCAAAUUCUUUCGAUCGACGAAGCCAAACAGAAGGGCAUUAUCAAAGAUGAGAGUCAAACUAGUAAACAGUUUGCAACUCGUGAGAUUAAAGUUAAUUUCUCCGAUGCAAUUCGUCGUGGUCUUGUCGAUAUUAAAGCUGGAACGUAUACGGAUCCAUCGUCUGGUACAAUUAUGCCAAUUCAACAGGCUGUUAGCGAUGGCAUUCUUGAAACUGACGAUAAAUCUAGCGAUAAUGAAAGUGAAGGCACACCGAAAACCGAGUCGAUGACUCUUUCCGAAGCCGUUGAUACCAUUUUCGAUGAACAAAGCAAACAAUUCAGAGAUCCAAAGAAUCCACAGCGAUUGGUUACAUUCACUGAUGCCAUGAAAGAGGGCAUCAUUGAUAGCAAAUCGGUUGUGUUUGACGUUAAAUCGGGCAAAGCACAAACACUUGAAGACGGCGUUAAAGUUGGAUUGAUCGAUGCCAAAACGGGUGAAAUCAAACAACCCACCGGCAAAAAGGUCAAUGUUAAAGAGGCAGCGAAAUUGGGCUUGAUGGCCGUUGUCGGUGCACCAAUUUUAGCCGGCAUGGCUGUCGCUGAUGCCGUUAAGAAUGUUGCCAGAAAGAUUGACAAACCAAAAGCUGAAAAAAAUGUAGAGAAAAAGAAACCGGAAAAGGCAGAAAACCCCGAAACAUCGGUUAAAAUAGAAAAAUCAGUAGAAGUCAAAAAGCCAGAGGUAGUUGAAAGAGGUAAAAAAUCGAUGAUUAUCGAAAUACCAACUUCAAUUCAACGAACUCAAACUGUUGAAAUUAUUGAAGAGCAGCCGGUUGAGGCAGCAAUUUUGGAAGAACCAGAAAAAUUGCAAAAAUCAGAAAAACCUGACGAUUUAGAAAAAUUAGAACAAUUGGAAGAGCCUGUAAAAGUGGUCAAAACCGAAAAACCAGUGCCACAAGCACGUACCAAAGUUACUGUACAAGAAGUUCAAUCAGAGCCCGAACAAUCGAGCACAUUCACAGUCUCAACGCCGUCAACAACGAUGAAAACGACUACGACUGUUACGAUUACUGGCACUCAAGUGCUCGAAACUGAAAAACCAAACAUUCCACAGGUGCAAAUAGGUUCGGAAGAGAUAAAGGAUAUUGUUGUAGAAACAGUAAAAUUAAUUGAAUCCGAAGGUGUGCAAUACCCUGAAGUGGUUGAUCCAAAUGUUUCAACGGUGACAAUCGAAACAACGGCACCGAUAAUUCGAAUCAACGAAACGCUAACACCUGAACAGCUCGAGCUGUACGGUGUCUUUGACAAAGAAACAGAAUCAUUUGUAAAUCCAGAUACGCAAGAGCGUAUUCCAUUUUAUUCCUUUAUUUACGAUUUGAAUUUAUUCGAUCCAUCAAAUAUUUAUGUCAAAGAUUUGAGUCAGAAUGUGUACGAACCAUUCGAAGUGGCUUUGGAAAAGCCGUUAAUUGACAAGAAUUCAGGUCACAUGGUCGAUUCGAAGACAGGUCAACGUGUUCCAUUCUUUGAAUGUGCACGAAGACGUUGGAUUCUCGAACGUAUUCCCGAAGAAGACGAAGAAGAAGAUGACGAUAAAUCCGAUCGUGUGGAUUCAUCGUACAGCACUGAAGCACCAUUGAAAUCACCGGGCGUUGAAAGUGUUACCGAAGAAAUUGAGCCGGAAUCAAUUGCGAAUGCCAUAAAAACGGGUACGAUUCGCAUUGAACGAUUGCUUAUUAAAGAACCAGUUACUGGCCAAACGAUUUCAAUGUCGGAAGCCGUCGAUCGCGGUGUUGUUGAUCUGCGACAAGGUGUUAUUGUCAAUCCAAAAACAAAAGAAACCAUCGAAUUUGCCAAAGCAUGUGACGAUGGAUUACUCCUUACCGCCAAACAACCGGCCAUUUCUCUGGAAGCCGUCCUACGGCAAAAUCUGUACGAACCCAGUGAAGGUGUCAUUUAUGACAUUUCCAAGAGAAACUCGUACAAUAUUCGAGAAGCCAUCGAUAAUGGUAUUGUUAAUCCGGAGAUUUCACUGAUUAAAGACCUAAGUACAAACGAAAGCGUACCUCUCAAUGAUGCAUUGAACAAGCAGCUGGUCUUGUACACGGGCAAAGUGAAGCGUAAUGAUGAAUUGGUGCCACUUGAUGUGGCAUAUAAUGAAGGUUUAAUUCAAACAAAACCUAUUAACUGGGAUUUACUUCAAGUACUAAUCAAACAAUAUUAUCUAUCGCAAACGGGUACAUUCCUUAAUCCGAUAACCGGAAAUCAAGACACCUUAUACGAUGCCAUCAAAUCUGGGUGGAUUGACACAUCAUCGAUUUUAGUGAAAGAUGAAAAAAUCGAUGAUGUACUGCCGUUGAAUGAUGCCAUUGAAUCUGGAUUGGUUGACGCUAAUCGUGGUGUUAUUACCCGGCCAGAGCUUCCAUUGGACGAUGCAAUGAGCAAAGGCUAUUUAUUUAGUGCCAAUAAACCAUAUUCUCUUUCUGAGUUGAUCAUUCGUCAUCUGUACGAUCCGAUGACUGGCUUAUUGACCAUCGACGGCACUCAAGUUACACUAGAACAAGCACUAAAAGAUAAUUCAGUGCAAGUACAAGAUAUGGUUAUCAUUGAUCCUCGCACAGGUGAAAUAAUUACAUUGCUCGAAGCCAUUCGACGUGGAAUUAUUGAUCCUCGUACUGGCAUCGCCAUUGAUCCACGAUCAGGUCUCAAACUUACAUUGAUUGAUGCAUUCGAACGAGGUAUACUCAUUCAAUCGAAACGCAAAUGCACUUUGCCAGAUGCCGUAUUCAAGGGUAUUUAUGAUCCAAAAUCAGGUAAAUUUAGUACGUCUCAAACAUCGGAAAAAUUAUCGGCUGAAAGAGCCAUUCGUCGUGGCAUUAUCGAUGCUCAAUCGACCAUUGUUAAUGUUAAAGGUCGCGUGCUGCCAUUCGAAUUGGCCGUUGAAUCGGGCAUUGUUGAUGUGCGUCGCGGAAUGGUUUUGGAUGACUAUGACAAUAAAAUUGACUUUCGAGAAGCUUUCGAUCGUGGUAUUUUGAUCGAAGUGAAAAAACCAAUUAGCCUGUGUGAAACAAUGCUCAAAGGAUUGUAUGAUGAACAAACCGGUUUGUUCAUGGAUCCAAAGAGCGGUAAACGAUUGACAAUUUCUCAGUCAUUGGGUCGAAAUUUGAUUGAUCCAAAUUCAGUUCAAAUGAAAGAUUUAAGCAGCGGCCUUUACAAGCCAAUUUCACUAAUUGAAGCCACACAAACGGGUCUAAUUGACGGUGAAAAUGCGUUGAUUUUAAUCGGUGACAAGCGUAUCACAUUGCGUGAAGCAUUCGAUUUGGGCUUGCUCACCGAUACAAAUGCUCCGAUUAGCAUUCAACGGGCCAUUCAUCAAGGUCUUUAUGAUAGUAAAUCGGGUAAAAUUCAUGACACAAAAUCCGGCCGUAAAAUCACACUGCUCGAAGCAAUCCGUCGAUUUACAAUCAAUCCACAAUUGCCGUGCUAUUUCAAUGAACACGAAGAGGCAUUGUUGUCACUGGGUGAAACGUGUCGUGCACGUCUCAUUGAUCGUCGCGAAGGCGUUUUCAAAGAGCCUGGCAGUGACACAUUUGUUCCGCUAAGCGAAGCAAUGGCACUGGGCUUGAUCGUUGACAUCGAAAAUGGUUCAUUCGGUUUGUAUGAGGUAAUUGCAAUGGGCUUGUACGAUCGUCACACCAAGCAAAUCAUUCAUCCGGUAAAUAAUCGACGACUUUCGUUGCAACAAGCAUGCGUCGAAGAUCUGGUCAGCCCAGUUGCAUCGCUGGUUAAAGACACCACCACCGGUAAAUACUUGAAAUUGAACGAAGCAACUAACGCUCAAAUUAUUGACGAUAAACAAGGCGUGUAUAUUCUGCCACAAUACACGCUUGAUUUGGUUGAGGCACGAAGACGCGGUCUCAUUGUAUCCAAUCAAAAAUUGUUGUCGGUGGAAAAAGCCGUUAAAAUGAAGCUUUUGAACGCUGACAAUGGCAAAUUUAUCGAUCCAGCAUUGAAUGUACCAUUUACGUUGCAAGAAACUAUCGAUAAUGGUUUAAUCGAUGGUGAAACGACUGUCUUCAAAAAUUUAAUCACUGGUCAAUACAAGCCUUUGAAACAGGCCAUUACCGAGGGUGAUAUUGAUGUUGCCAAAGGCAAAGUACUCGAUCCUAAAUCCAAACUAGCCUACACUUUCGAUGUUGCACUGGAGAAAGGAUUACUUGUUACCAUCGAUCGACCAGUCACCGGUCACUCGAUAAUUCGUCACGAUAGCAUCGACCUAACCAUGUCACCCGUAUCGAAAACACCGCGUGAAAUGACGCUACGCGAAGCAAUUCGCUAUGAAAUCAUCAAUCCAGAAACAUCCGUCUUCAAAGAUCCAAUCACUGGUAAAUUCAAAGCACUCAAACACAUAAUCAAUCACAUCGAUCCGGAGAUUCGUGCUGUUGUCGAUCCAAAAUCAUCGUUCUUUGUAUUUGAUAAAACAUUCGUAAUUUAUACGCGUGAACCGAUUUCAUUUGAAUAUGCGGUCGAGUCCAAGCAAUUGAAUUUACCAACGGGCAAAUUUAUCGAUUCACUGGACACCACGAAAAAAGAGCAUCUGCUAAAAGAUGCCGUUGGACAAGGAUUAAUUGACCCGGAAUCGGCGUUAAUAAAAGACGGUGCAAAACAUAAGCUCGUUCGAUUGCCUGAAGCCUAUCGCAAAGGUUUGAUCGAUGCGGAAAAAGCGAACGUUGUCGAUUCGACAACAUCCAAAUUGUACGCACUACAAAGCGCCUACGAAAUUGGUCUUCUCGUCACACCGAAACGUUCAUUUGGCUUAUUGGAAGCGCUUUCGUAUCACUUGUACAACCCACAAGACGGCCAAUUCGUCGAUCCAUUUGCCACCGAAUCGACAUACACCACCGUCGAUGCUGCUAAACAGCCACAAGUGAAUAGCAUCACAUUGAACGAUGCAAUCGCAUCCGGACUCAUUGAUCCAACAACGACCGUUGUUCGAGACACAUCGAACAGCACGAUAAUACCGUUAACAGCGGCCAUUACACUCAAUAUCGUUGACCCAACGAACGGGCAACUCAUAAAAUCCGACAACGAAAAACUUGAUUUGGUAAAAGCACAAGAAAAAGGAUUCUUGUUGCCAGCUGAACAGCGGCAAGCCGUCAUUGAGAAGUUCAACUUAUGCGAAGAUAACUUAUCUGGUUUGUUGAAAUGGAUUGGACAAAUCGAGCAGAAAAUCGCCUCAGUUGGCGGACCAAAAGAAUACAUCGAUGAGUUACGCAACCAAAUCAAUUUACUCAAGCAAAUCAAAGAGGAAAUUGAUGGACAAUCACGACCAGUUGCAUCUUGUUUGGAACAAGUGCGUCAACUUGUGCUAACCGGAGGAGAUGUACUCAGUGCACCAGAGGUGACCAGUCUCGAGAAUUCAGGACGUGAGCUUCGAUCACGUGUUGACCGUGCUCAAGAUCGUACAUCGAAAUUGUUGAAGAAACUCGGUGCUGCACGCGACGAGCUUAGCAAAUUGAGAUCUGAGCUCGAAGUAUUCUCCACUUGGUUGCAAACCAGUCGUCGUACAUUGGAAGACAAGGAACGUGCCCUAUCCGAUUUGAAUCGCUUGGCAUCGCAGUCGGAAUCGAUUCGCGAUUUUGUCAGCGAUGUGAUCGCCCAUCAAGCCGAUUUGCGUUUCAUUUCGAUGGCUGCCCAGAAGUUUGUCGAUGAAUGCAAAGACUAUCUCGGUACACUCAACGAUUUCCGUACAUCGUUGCCAGAACGUUUGCAUCACGUGGAACCAUUGUCCAAUUCAGACAGUCCAAUCCGUAAGGAAGUACAAUUGGUGUCGGCUCAAUACAAAGAUCUAUUGCACCGUGCCAACGCAUUGUCCGAUCGUCUGUCUGGUUUGGGUGGUCGUCAACGCGAAUACCAAGAUGCAUUGGAUAAGGCAACCAAUUGGUUGAAGGGCAUUCAACCGCGUGUCAGUGCCGUUCUAUCCGAUCCAGUAGCAGCUGAUCCACAAUCAGUACAAGAACAAAUGAACGAAACGAAAGCAUUGCACAAAGAAUUCUUAAACCAGGGACGUUUAAUUGAUAGCGCUCAACAAGCGCUCAACGCAUUGCUGAAAUCAAUGUCUGGCCAAUUAAGCCCAUCCGAAGUAUCCGCACUGGAAGUGCCGGUUGAACAACUUAAAGACAAAUACAAUCAGCUACUAGAAUCACUCGGUGAUAGAUGCAAGUUGUUGGACACGGCACUCGUUCAAUCACAAGGUGUGCAAGACGCUUUGGAUGGUCUCGGCAAUUGGGUCAACCAAACCGAGGAUAAAUUCAAAUUGCAAUUCCGUCCGGCUUCGUUGAUCAAAGAGCGGUUACAAGAGCAAAUCCGUGAACAUCGUGCAUUGUUGGCCGAUUUGGAAUCACAUCAAGCCAGUAUCGAAAGUGUUACAGCGUCGGCAAAUGAUUUGACCGCAACUGCUUCGAAUGCACGCAUCGCCAAAAAGAUUCAAGGCAAACUCCAAGAUGUCGUUGGAAAAUACGAAAAACUGUACGACAAAGCGCUUAAACGUGGCGAAUUCUUGGACGAAACAUUGGUGCAACUGGAUAAAUUCAACGACGAGAGCUCAAGCGUUGAAACGGAAUUGUGUCACAUUCAAGAUGCUCUUGAGAAUCGCGAUUUAGUCUCACUUUCGAUCGAUGAACUUUCGGCUCGUAUGAACGAAUUGAACCGUAUCAAAGAUCACAUUCGGCCAUUGUACGAGGAUUGUGUGCGCCAAGGCAAAGAUUUGGUUGGCAAACGCGAUGUUACCGACACCGGACCAGUACGUGAUCGUGUUAAAGCUUUGGAAAAUCAAUGGAAGAGUCUUGAUUUGGCCAUUAGCGAAAAGGCAAAACUCUCGAAACAACGUGCCGAACAACACAAUGCCUAUGAAAAUCUCAAGAAUCAAGUUAACACUUGGUUGACCAGCAUUGAAAGCCGAACAAAUAAUUUGGCACCAGUUGCCGUUGAUUUGAACACCAUUAAUCGGCAAAUUGAAGAAUUGAAACCACUCGCCAAGGAACAUCGUGACUAUGCACCAACCAUUGACAAGGUCAACGAUUUGGGAACACAAUACGAUCUGUUGAUUCGGCCAGAUAGCCCAUCACGAAAACGCUCCAGCUAUAGUCCAAUCAAACGUACAGCAGCCAGCCCAUUGCGUCGUCUAUCGGGCGAUGGUCGUUCACCAUCGCCAACCAAGGGCAGCCCGUCCGUAUCGCCAUUGUCACCGGGUGGUUCUAGUGGAUUCGGAAGUCGACGAUCAUCGCAAGACGGUUUUCAACUUUCCGAUUUGUCACCGAUCCAACAACAGCUCAACGAAAUCAACAAUCGCUACAGUUUGGUUGGUGUACGUUUGAACGAUCGCCAAAACGAAUUGGACAGCCUACGCGAUGAAGUUAAGAAACAUCACGAAAAUCUUAAAUCGCUAUCGGCAUUCUUGGACAAAAUUCAACGACAGGUGCCAAAGGACACCAUUUCCAGCAAAGAUGAUGCUGAGAAAUGUACGCGUCAAGCUCGUAAGGUUUUGGAAGAAAUGUACGAGAAGCAAAGCUUGCUCGACUCAACCAAAACGCAAAUCAAAGAUUUGCUUCGUCGGAAGCCAGACGUCCAGGGUGCUGAUCAACUAAAGGCCGAAUUGGAUGAUGUGGCCGAACGUUGGAAGAACCUUAACGAUUUGUGCAAGAAUCGUAUUGAUUUCUCGGAGCAAAUCCGUGACUUCCUCGACACCCAUGACAAUCUCAACAACUGGUUGACCGCUAAAGAACGUAUGUUAACUGUCUUGGGUCCAAUUUCAUCAGAUCCACGCAUGGUACAAUCACAAGUACAACAAGUGCAAGUAUUACGUGAAGAGUUCCGUACACAGCAACCACAAUUGAAACACUUGCAAGACAUUGGCCACGGUAUUUUGGAUCAAUUGAAUCCAGCCUCACCCGAAAGCAAGUCAGUUUCGACUAAAUUGCAGAAUUUGCAAGACAAAUGGGACGAUUUGGUGGGUCGUUUGGAUGAGCGAGCCCAAAGUUUGGGUGCCGCUGCCGAUACAAGCAAAGAAUUUGACGCUGGCCUUAGCCGUCUUCGUGAUGCAUUGCAAAAGAUUAGCGACGACUUGGACAAAGUGCCAGGCGAUGGUGAUCAUCAAGAGAAUCUUCGUAAAAUCGACAAUUUGGAUCGUCAAUUGGAAGGUCAACGUCCAUUGUUGGCCGAUGCCGAAGCAGCCGGCGCUGCAUUGUGCAAUGUUUUGAGCGAUCCAGCAUCACGUGCUGACGUCAAUGCUCGCCUUGGAGCCAUUGGCAAACAAUAUCAAGCAUUACAGAAGAAAUUGGACAACCGCAAAGCAGAAACUGAAGCGGCUCUUCGUGAUGGACGUCAAUUUGGCGAAAGCUGUGCUCGCACUUUGGGUUGGUUGUCAGGCGAAUUGGGCAAUCUCAGUGAACGUUUGCUAAUUUCAGCUCACAAACCAACAUUGGAACAACAAAUUAAGACGCACGAACCCAUCUAUCGUGACGUUAUUACGCGUGAACAUGAAAUUAUCAUGCUGUUGAACAAGGGCAAAGAACUACAGAAUCGACCAGGCAUUUUGAGCAGCGAUCGCACCAUUCAACGUGAUUUGGACAAGAUUUCACAACAAUGGGAAAAACUGCGUCGUGAAGUGGUUGACCGACAUUCACGAUUGCAAUCAAGCAUGGAACACUGCAAGAAAUACCACAGUGCAUCGGAAUCAUUCUUCUCGUGGUUGAGAUCGGCCGAAGAUAAAUUGGCAUCAUUGAAACCAGGUGUCUUGAAGAAAUCUCAGCUCGACCAACAACUGAAAGAUUUGCAGGCAUUCCGUAGCGAAGUAUGGAAGCGAUCCGGUGAAUACGAUAAUGCACGUGCACUCGGUGAAACAUUCCUUGCAUCGUGCGAUGUUGACAAGGAACCGGUGAAGGCUGAAUUACAGGAUAUGAAAGAGCGAUGGGAGAAACUCAAGAACGACCUCUUGCUUCGCGAACAAGCGCUCGAAUCAUGCGAUCGUCGUCUUCGUGAAUUCAAUGACGAUUUGCGUAACUUGGACAACCGUGUUGGCCGAUGCGAAGACCGUUUGGGUGCUCAUGAUGCCCUAGGCGGUGCUGGAAAAGAUCCAAAAUUAUUGGAACGUGUUAAGGCAAUCCGUGAAGAUGUCAAUGAAUUGAAGAAACCAUUGCAAUCAUUGCGCAAAUUGGCUGGUGACAUCAAUGCUGAGACUCGUGCUGCCGGUGGCGAUGCUAACCACUUGGAAGGUGAAGUUGAAGCUAUUGGCGAUCGCAUCGACGAUUUGCAAGCUCGCUUGGAUGAUCGUUGCGGUGAAUUGCAAUCGGCUGCCACAGCAGUCACUCAAUUCAACGAAAAAGUCAAGAGUUUGGGCGUUGAUUUGACCGAAUUAGAGAAUCUGGUCGACGCUUUGCCGGCACCAGGUCGUGAAAUCAAGGUGGUUAAGAGCCAAUUGAACGAUGUUGACCGUAUCAUUGCUAAAAUCCAACAAGCUGCCGACAAUGUUGACGAUGUUGAACGUGCCGGUGAACAAUUGGUCGAUGCUGGUUUCUCACCAGACACCAUUCAAACACGUGAACAAAUCGCUGGCCUACGCAAGACAGUGCGUCGUUUGGAGAACCGCACUCGUGACCAUGAAGAACUUUUGAAGAAGGCACUCAAACAAUUGGAGAAUUUCUACAAUUCAUACGGCACCACCAUCGAUGAUUUGAGCGAAGUCGCCGAGGAAAUUCGUCGAUUGAAACCAGUCAGCUCUGAAUUGGAUCAAAUUCGUAACCAACAAGAGGAUUUGCGUCAUUUGCGCAACAAAGUCGUUGAACCAUUGGCUCACACAGUGGGCGAAGUCAAUCGAUUGGGUCAAGAUUUAGUACGCACCGCACAGAGUGGCGUGUCAACAUCGGUGCUUGAAAAGGAUUUGGAGAAACUUAACGAGAAAUGGAAUGACAUCAAAGAAGCAUUGAAUUUGAGAGAACGCAAAUUGGAUGUUGCUCUAUUGCAAUCCGGUAAAUUCCAGGAAGCUCUUGACAGCUUAUCGAAAUGGCUGGCUGACAUUGAAGAAAUGGUUGCCAACCAGAAACCACCAAGUGCCGAUUACAAGGUGGUCAAAGCCCAAUUGCAAGAGCAAAAAUUCUUGAAAAAACUUUUGUUGGAUCGUCAAAAUUCGAUGUCAUCGUUGGCUCAACUCGGUCAAGAAGUGGUCAACAAUUGCGAUCCAUCAGAGAAGGCAGCCAUCGAAGGUCAAUUGAAGGAAUUGAAGAAUCGAUUCAAUGCACUCACCGAUGCCGCUGAAAAUCGUACACGUGACCUCGAAGAAGCAAUGAAGGUGGCCAAACUAUUCCAAGAUCGUCUCAUUCCAUUGACACGUUGGUUAGACUCAACCGAACGCACCAUCAAGAAUAUGGAAUUGAUCCCAACGGAUGAAGAGAAAAUCCAACAGCGUAUUCGUGAACAUGACGCUUUGCACGAUGAGAUUUUGGGCAAGAAACCAGAUUUCUCCGAAUUGACCGAUAUCGCUGGUCAGUUGAUGGGUUUGGUUGGUGAAGACGAGGCUAUUGGCUUGGGUGAAAAGGUGCGCGGCAUCACCGAUCGUUACACCAAUUUGGUGGAUGCCAGUGACAACGUUGGUCAAUUGUUGGCCGAAUCACGUCAAGGAUUGCGCCAUUUGGUAUUGACCUACCAAGAGUUGAUCGCCUGGAUGGAAAGCAUGGAGCAACGUUUGGCUCGUUACCGUAUCAUUCCCGUGCAUACCGAUAAAUUACUCGAACAGAUGGACAUUUUGGUUGAAUUGAACGAAGACAUUGCACGCCGUGCACCAAAUGUCGAAUCAACCGUUGAGGCUGGCUCCGAACUCAUGAAACACAUCACUGCCGAUGAAGCCAUUCAACUGAAGGAUAAACUCGAUUCGAUUCAACGUCGUUACGGUGAAUUGACCAACAAGGGUGGUGAUUUGCUGAAGAGCUAUCAAGCAGCAUUGCCAAUCGUACAGAAAUUCUACGAUGCUCACAAUCGUUUGAUCGAAUGGUUGCAAAUUGCCGAAGGUGCAUUGGCCACCGGUGAUCCACGUGAAAGUGACAUUCUUCGCUUGGAAGGUGAAUUGAGUGAAAUGCGACCAGUAUUGGAAACGGUCAAUUUGGUUGGGCCACAAUUGUGCCAAUUGUCACCAGGUGAGGGAGCCGCAACCAUCGAAAGUUUGGUCACACGUGACAAUCGCCGUUUCGAUGCGAUCGUCGAACAAAUUCAACGUAAGGCCGAACGCUUGCAUCUCAGCAAACAACGAUCAAAAGAAGUCAUCGAGCAGUUGGAUGAAUUGCUCGAAUGGUUCCGUGAAAUGGACGCCACAUUGCGCGAUGCUGAUCCACCGGCAAUGGAACCGGAUUCGGUGAGACUUCAGUUGAAAGAACAUCGUGCCAUCAACGAUGAUAUAUCUAGCCAAAAGGGACGCAUACGUGAUGUGACUGAGGCCGCCAAGAGGGUGUUGCGUGAAUCACAGCCAAACGAUAACACGGCUGCAUUGCGCGAAAAAUUGGAAGAUUUGAAAGACAUCGUUGAUACGGUGGUUAAUGCAUGCGCCGAUCGCUUGUCAAUUUUGGAACAAGCAUUACAGCUUUCGAUUCACUUUGCCGAUUCACACAACACAUUCUCAUUGUGGUUGGACGAUAUGGAACAUCAAAUUUCGGUUCUUAGCGCACCAGCUGUGCGACCCGAUCAAAUUGCCCUGCAACAAGACAAGAACGAGCGUCUCAUCCAAUCGAUUUCCGAACACAAGCCAUUGCUUGACAAACUCAAUAAGACCGGUGAAGCUCUUGCAAACCUCGUUGCCGAAGAGGAUGUGCCACGAAUCCAUGAAAUUCUUGACAGCGAUAAUGAUCGCUAUGCCGCACUCCGUGCCGAAUUACGCGAACGUCAACAAAAAUUGGAAGAAGCAUUGCAGCAAUCCAGUCAAUUUGCCGACAAAUUGGAAGGAAUGUUGCGUGCCCUAUCGAACACUGCUGAUCAAGUGAAUCAAGCUGAACCGAUAUCGGUUCAUCCACCAAAGAUUCGCGAGCAAAUCAAAGACAACAAAGCAAUCAUCGACGAUUUGGAUAAUCGUGGUGUUGCAUUUGCAACAGUACAACAUGAUGCAAACGAUAUUAUUGCCAAGGGCAAUAAAUCCGAUCCGGCCAUCAAGGAUCUCAAGAAUAAAUUGGAUAAAUUGAACAAAUUGUGGGACGAUUUGCAGAAUGCAACGACAAAACGUGGUGCAGCAUUGGAUGAUGCACAUGCAGCCGCCGAGAAAUUCUGGCGUCAAUUGCAAGAGGUGAUGGAAGCAUUAAGAGAUUUGGAAGAGACACUUACAUCGCAAGAACCACCAGCGGCUCAACCAUCAGAGAUUAAGAAACAACAAAUUGCGUUGCAAGAAAUCCACCAAGAAAUGAACCAAACCAAACCGGAUGUGGAACAAGUGCGUCGCAAUGGCAACAAUUUGAUGCUGUUGUGUGGCGAACCAGAAAAACCCGAAGUCAAGAAACACAUCGAAGAUUUGGAUCAUGCUUGGGACAAUAUCACUGCAUUGUAUGCACGUCGCGAAGAGAAUCUCAUCGAUGCCAUGGACAAAGCAAUGGAAUUCCACGAAACAUUACAGAAAUUGUUGGAAUUCUUGACCAAGGCCGAAGAUCGUUUCGUCAAUUUGGGCCCCAUCGGUGCUGACAUUGAUGCCGUCAAAAAGCAAAUCGAACAGCUCAGACGCUUCAAAGACGAUGUCGAUCCAUAUAUGGUGGAAGUUGAAGCUUUAAACAGACAAGCCAUUGAUUUGACAGAACGAACAACGCCAGAGCAAGCCGCUUCAAUCCGUGAACCAUUGAAUGCAGUGAAUCGUCGCUGGGAGAAUUUGUUGCGUGGAAUGGUCGAGAGACAGAAGCAACUUGAACACGCACUCUUGCAUCUCGGUCAAUUCCAACACGCGCUUAACGAAUUGUUGGUAUGGAUCAACAAGACCGACAACACACUCGAUCAACUCAAACCAAUUCCGGGCGAUCCACAGUUGCUCGAAGUAGAAUUGGCCAAAUUGAAGGUGCUUGCAAACGAUAUCCAAGCGCAUCAAAGUUCAGUUGAUACACUAAAUGAUGCUGGUCGUCAAUUGAUCGAAUCGGAGCGUGGUUCAACUGAAGCAUCGACCACCCAAGAGAAACUGAGCAAAUUGAACAGUCAAUGGCGUGAUUUGUUGCAAAAGGCAGCCAAUCGCAAACACGAACUCGAAGAAGCAUUGCAUGACGCACAAAAUUUCAUUUCUGAUGUGCAAGAAACGCUCGGUUGGUUGGGUGAUGUGGACGCUGUGAUUGGUGCCAGCAAACCAGUUGGUGGUUUGCCUGAAACGGCCACCGAACAAUUGGAACGAUUCAUGGAAAUCUUCAACGAAUUGGAAGAGAAACGGCCAACGGUUGAAUCGCUACAAGCUCGUGGACAGGAAUACCUGAAGAAGCAAGAGCAAUUGAAAAAGACACCAUCGAGCAAUUUGCAACACACUUUGCGAACAUUGAAACAACGCUGGGAAGCCGUUUUGGCCCGUGCAAACGACAAGAAGAUCAAAUUGGAGAUUGCAUACAAAGAAGCCAAAGAAUUCCACGAUGCCUUGCAGGCAUUCGUCGAAUGGUUGACUUCAGCGGAGAAACAAUUGGCCAGCGCAUCGUCCGUAUCACGUGUUCUCCAAACGAUUCAAAAGCAAAUCGAAGAGCACAAAGUGUUGCAAAAGGAUGUUUCCAUUCAUCGCGAAGCGAUGCUGUUGCUAGACAAAAAGGGAACGCAUUUGAAAUACUUCAGCCAGAAACAAGAUGUGAUUUUGAUCAAGAAUUUGUUGGUAUCGGUGCAGCAUCGUUGGGAACGUGUUGUGGCUAAAGCGGCCGAACGAACACGUGCUCUUGAUCAUGGUUACAAGGAGGCCAAGGAAUUCCAUGACGCUUGGCACAGUUUGUUGACAUGGUUGCGCGAAACAGACAACACACUCGAACAAUUGGCCGAAGAAGCUGCGGCCAGCAAUGAUGCAGCCAAGAUCAAGAAACAUUUGGACCGAUUGAAGGAGACACAACGCAAUUUGUCCAGCAAACAAGGCCAAUAUGAUAGCACAAUGCGCAGUGGUAAGAGCCUUAUCGAUCGUGCACCGAAGAACGAUGAACCAACGCUGUCGGGCAUGUUGUCCGAAUUGAAGGAGGCAUGGACACGCGUUUGCUCAAAGAGCGUCGAUCGUCAACGUAAAUUGGAAGAAGCUCUCUUGCUAUCUGGCCAAUUCUCCGAUGCUCUACAAGCUCUUCUCGAUUGGUUGCGUAAAACAAAGAACCGUUUAUCCGAAGAGGGGCCAGUGCAUGGUGACUUGGAAACUGUCACACUCUUGGUCGAUCAACACAAGAGCUUGGAAUCGGACUUGAGCAAACGUGCCACUCAAAUGCAAAGCGUUUUGAAAACCGGCAAAGAACUCGAACGCAGCGAUAAUAACCGCGAAAUUUCGAAAUCACUCAAUGAAGUGCAACGCUUAUGGAGCGAUGUUACUGAUUUGGCUGAACGUCGUGGUCGUCGCUUGCAAGAUGCUCUCCGCGAAGCCGAACGCCUGCACAAACAAGUGCACAUGUUACUCGAAUGGUUGUCAGAUGCCGAACAAAAAUUACGUUUCGCCGCAUCGAUACCAGACGACGAGGCACAUGCACGUCAAUUGCUCAAUUUGCACGCACAAUUCCAGAAGGAAUUGCGCGAAAAGGAGUUCGAAAAGGACGACACCAUUCGAUUGGCCAACAGUAUUUUGGACAAAGCACAUCCGGACGCCAUUCCAAUCAUCAAGAACUGGAUCACCAUUAUUCAAUCACGAUGGGACGAAGUAUCGCAAUGGGCCAUUAGCCGUGGAAAGAAACUCGAAGAUCAUUUGCAAACACUUCGUGAUUUGGACGAUUCAAUCGAGGAACUUCUUCAGUGGUUGACCGGCCUGGAAGCAACACUGCUUAAUUUGGAACGGGAACCAUUGCCCGAUGAAAUUCCAGCAGUUGAAAAACUCAUUGAAGAUCACAAGGAAUUCAUGGAAAAUACCGCCAAACGUCAACCAGAUGUGGAUCGUGCAUGCAAACCAAAAGCACCACUUGCUGGUACCAAAGAACCAGCUGGUCGCAAACCAUCACGACAACUCAAAACACCAGUACGUGGCUCAAGGCAUGAUAUCCGUGAACAGUCACCAGAACAUGGCACAAUGGGUAGAAAACAAAGCUUCAAAGGAUCUCGUGAUCAGGGUCUCAAUGCACGUAGACAAAGUCGCGCUAGCCCAGCACGUGAUACUCCAGACCGUGAUCCACGCUUGCCACAUUACGGACCAAGAUUCUCGCCACAAAGCAGUGGAGCCGAAUUGGAAUUCCGUUCACCACGCGCUCACCAAUUGUGGGAUAAAUGGCGCUACGUUUGGAUGUUGGCUUGGGAACGUCAACGUCGUCUCCAUGAUCAUUUGAUGCAUUUGCAUGACUUGGAACGCGUACGUCAAUUCAGCUGGGACGAAUGGAGAAAGAGAUUCUUGAAAUUCAUGAAUCACAAGAAAUCACGCUUGACAGAUCUAUUCCGCAAAAUGGACAAAGAUAACAACGGACUUAUACCUAGAGACAUCUUCAUCGAUGGAAUUAUCAAUACCAAAUUCGAUACAUCACGAUUGGAAAUGGGAGCCGUUGCUGAUCUGUUCGAUCGCAAUGGUGAGGGACUCAUUGACUGGCAAGAAUUCAUUGCCGCUCUACGGCCCGAUUGGCAAGAUCGCAAACCACCAAGCGAUGCCGAUAAAAUCCACGAUGAAGUUAAACGUUUGGUCAUGUUGUGUACGUGUCGACAGAAAUUCCGUGUCUUCCAAGUCGGCGAAGGAAAAUACCGCUUUGGAGAUUCGCAAAAAUUGCGACUCGUUCGUAUUUUACGUAGUACUGUGAUGGUUCGUGUUGGCGGCGGUUGGGUAGCUCUCGAUGAAUUCUUGGUCAAGAACGAUCCAUGCCGAGCCGACGAACAUUUAGCCGAAUUAAUGCCAAUAUUUGAGCGUUUGCGUGCUCAAGAGCAAAUACCAUGCGUGUAUCCGCUUCAUAUGGGUGCUGGUGGUACAGCAUUCAUUCGAGGCGGUAGCUCACGUUCGACACCGCUCAGUCCACAUGCUCCGCAUUGUCACCCGUCGACGCACUGGGUACGUGAGAAGUCAUCUCGUUCAGUGGCCAUGUCUCGACCAUCGCGAUCAUCAUUGUCGGCAUCGACGCCCGACUCAUUGAGCGACAACGAAAGCAGUUUGGGCGGACGUUAUACACCACGCAAGCCAUCGUACACACCAAGCCGAGGAUUUACACCGGGCGGUUCGAAGCCAAAUUCACGACCCGGUUCAAAACCACCAUCGCGUCAUGGAUCAACGUUAUCACUUGAUAGCACCGAUGAUGCAACACCAACACGCAUCCCACAGAGACGCCUUGGAUCGACCACACCAAGCGGUAGCUCACAGAGACCAUCAAGAUUGUCCGUUACUAGUUCGACGAUAACCAAGGUCACCGGCAACGAUGGCAUCUCAGCAUUUGGUAGCACCAUUUCACGACCCAGAACACCUUCCAAUACCGCUAGUCCAGCACCAACGAGGAAUGGCAGCAUAAGUAGAUCAUCAAGUAUACCAACAUUGGUAUCAGGUAUUCCAACAAGCACAAGUCGAUCUCGCAUUCCAAUAUCGGUCCGUCAAAAAUCAUUGGAUAAACAAAGCCCAAUAACAUCGCAACCAUCUCAAGGGUUUGGUUGUACAUCCACGGGACGAAAUGUGAGUGGAAGCUCGACACCGUCUGGCAUGCGGACGCCACGGAAAUCAUCGGUUGAUCAACCAACAGUAUCAUCAGAGCGAAAAGGAAGCCGCGGAACAACGCCAAGUGGCACACGAGAACCAUUUCGACUUUAAACACAUUUCAAACUGAAUACAAAUUCGAAAGCACCGCGCAUUUAUCAAACCCAUCUCCUUUUGCAAAAAGGAACAUUUUAGAAAACCAACCAAAUAAACUGUAAUAACAACAACAAUAAGAUGAAGAAAGAAAAAAAAAAACAAACAAAUGGAAAUCAAAACAGUGCUACACAAAUUGAAAAGACAUUCAACACAUAUAUUCCCAGUAGUAGUGAAGGUACUCAAUGAAUGAGUAUUGAGAAUAAAAACACAGAAAAUUCCAUACGGUUCCAAUCAUUCGGAAGAAAAACAUAAAUAUGAAAUAGAAACGAAUAAAAUUUGCUCACCAUUUGGCCAUACGUUUUGUACUUUUGUGAAAUUUGUAUGUAAAAGUAAAGCGGUCUCUCGUCAAAAAAGAAAACACGAAAAAAACAACAUCAACAAAAAAAAAAUGUAGUUACAAGAAAUGUGAAAAAAAAAACACAUUUAAUUAACAUUUAUAAAUAUAAUAUGUAUAAAAAUAACAUCGUUAAAAUCUACUAAUACAUCAAAUGCAAUCACAAAACGAAGAAAGACAUUUAAAACAUGUGAAUGAGAUAGAAAAAGAAAUUGUAUGAAAUGAACGAAACAUUUUAACUCGAUGAAAAAAAUUGUAUAGAAAGGGUGCGAGAGGUGAACAGAAGAGCAGUAGUUCGUGAUUUCAAUUGGCAUUGCAACCGAUCGCCAGCGGUUCAAUGCUACAAUGGGCAAAAUUUCAUCAACAAGAUUUCGUCAAUUUAAAUGAUUAAUAAAUCGCCAGUUAUUUUUCAUUUCAAAACGAUAAAUCUUCGCUACAAAUUCGGGCUCACUUCAAUUUGGUGCUUAGCACGCCUCCGCACACGAAAAAAAAACCUUUCGAAAAAAAAAAAUGCAAAAAGUCUAGAUUAUGAAAUUAACCUUAUGAAAUCUAAGAUCCGUUCUCCACAUCUUUUGGAUACAAACAAAAUAUAUGUUGUUAAUUAAUAUUCGCUAUCUAUUUGAUUCGACUUUUUCCCCCCACAACACACCACAAACACAAUUUUUAUUUAGUCUCCAAUAUAGGAUUUCAAAAUUUAUUUUUAGUUAUCCGCAAACAAAUAAGCAUAAAAUAGCGAAACAUCUGUGUAAAAUUCAUUAAAUUGCAGAUAAGACAACAGCAACAGAGAAAUUAUGAUGAAAACCAAUCUGCAAUCAAAUGCAAAAAAAGAAAAAAACAAUCUAUUGAAUACCCUAUUUAUAUUUAAAUAUUAAUCAUCAGCGCUAAAAGUCAUAAUUUUUAAGUUGAAAACUAAUUGCAGUUUUUCGUUAAUGAAUUAAUUUUUUAUAUGAAAAUGAAACACACAAAAAAAAAAACACUAUGGAGAAAAGCCUUUAAAAAAAUUUAAAAAAACGAAUAAUAUGAUUAAUAAAUAAAACUAAAAAAAAUUA